ACUGCUGCCAGUUUUCACUUAUAAUUAUUUUAUUUUCUUGUUUGCAGUUCCACUAUUUACAAUGCGCAUUCGGAUUAUAAGAAAGGAUAUCCUUCCACACUUGAAAUACUUAAUAUACUAGAACCUCUGCAAUGCUGAUUGGAAGCAGUUGUCAGAGGAUCAAUGGUGUCAUUGGUACGCAAGAGUACCUAGGCUUGCGCUUGUUACGGCUUGUAAGAGUAUCUUCGCUUCUGACUUCUGAGACACCGUGUGACUCAUUUCGUCGAAAUGUGGUCUUCGAGUCCACUAUCCAGCCUUAUGCAAGCAACGCUGAAUGCAACUUCCUCGAAUAGUCACCCUGCUUGCAUAAUCGAUGGAACUCCGCAGAUAUUGUUCGAGCUGGGACUGUUCAUCGAGGCCUGAUCGUGGAUAAAACGGAGCGCGGAUGGCUGAUCGAUUUCUCUAUUCCCAACAGUGCGCCUGAGUCUGUUCCAUUCCAGCAGACGUUUCUGGACAACAAACUUUUCCAACCAAAUAACCGAUUUUACUCUGCGGAUAGGGAUGAUAAUUCGACUGUAGGGGAGGUUUUGCUAAAACCAUCGUACGAACAGCCUUGGGCGUGGUAUGCAUGCAAAGUUUUCGCGGGUUCGUCAACAACAUAUUGGAUCGUUGAAGCAUUGAUAGGCGAUGAUCGCGUUGUGGAUGUUGUUCGCGUCUGCCAUUUUCGGACUUGUAGUUGCAGCCAGACCAGAAAGUCUUCUAAGAACGAAAUUUUGAAAGAGGAAGUACCCGUUCCCGAGGGAUUCAAGUUUACGUCGAAUGUGAAAACUUUGUGGGAAAAUCGGUUUCCAAGAACGUUUCUAAUCGGACUGGAGAACGGUCAGUUGCAGUACUUGCAGCUGCGAUAUGACAGCAGCCUGGAUGGAAAAGUCGUGAUAAGCAACCGAAAGGUGUUAAAUACAAAAGCGCAGCCAGUCAGCCACCACUAUUUUGUAGGAAAGUGCGUUGGGAGAAGCCAUGGCAUUGGCUGCGGGGGAUUCGACGGACUCAAAUGAAGCAGACCGGGGAAUCAAACGAUCCCAUGAAGAUUUGGUUGACAGCGAUGACGUCUCCGACACCCCCGAACUGCCUGGCGAUAUGUCUUUGUGUGAGCUUCCACUGGAGCUUAUUGAAACCAUCUUUUCUUUUUGUAACGGUCUUCAGCAGACCAAAUUGCGGGCUGUUUGUGCCGCGUGGGAUGCGGCUGCACGGUCCUCAGCAUGUGCUGAACAUGUCAUCGUUGAUCUGAAAAGUUUCCAAGCCACCAGUGGUGAUUACGUGUUAGCUUCUUGGAUUUUUCACUGCAUGACCAGCGUAACAAAAUGUCUGAUUUUCCGGAACGGGACAAGUGUGGAAUUUGUUGGUGCUUUCAGCGCGUUGCGGUCUGUGAUUGAGAUACGCGGUUUCCGACUGCCGAAGUUUAUGUUGUGUGAUGUGGCCAUCAAGCCACAAGAUAUUCUGGCAAUCUCCCGAACAGCGCUUUCGGAGAAUGUGAAGCUCAUCUGCAACCGAUUGAUCUUGAAACGUGUACGAAUCUGGGGUGUAUUCAAUCCGUACGUGUCGUUCCCACAUUACGGUUCGGAAUCGUUUGGAUCAUACCAGGAUUUGGAAAUCCCGUACGCUGUUGUGGACGCGCACUCGGAAACGGCACUGAUGGAUGUUUUUGAACGGGCCGCUACGGAUUUCUCCGACCCGAAUCUCCCGUUUACAGCUGAACUGGAUCGUCUGUCGGAUUGGAUUGCAGAUCGUGAUGAAACUCUCACCGAAGUUCGCAAGGAAGAAAUCCUUAAAGUGCUAAAAACUUGGCAGAAUGCCGGUCCCUUUGGACCAAAUGCAACAUGGAACAACGUAAAAGCAGCAAACUUGAGUGCCAAUCUCUUGACGUUACGCCGAACCACAGUGUCCGUUCUUCUCUGUCUGUUCAUAAAGAGAACCGCGGGAAACUACAGCGAUGAAGAGGAAGAGGAGGACGAAUAUGAUAAUUACGACGAAUCGGAUGAUUACGAUGAUCCGGACGAUUAUGAUGACGAUGAUGACGAUUUUCAAAACUCUGAUGAGGACUAGUAAUGCGAUAGUUAGAAUAUUCGAUUUAAGCUAACGAUCUCUGUUUUUUGUAAGAUUCUGAAAGCAGCCUUUAGUUUAUGCUUUUUUUCUGCAAUUUUUCGAUAAAAUAGAUUUCUACGGAUACGGUUACGCAUCUGUGAACAAAGCGUUUGAUAUCUCUUGACGUCGCACAUGUUAUAAUUUCGUUGUUUUUGGUUUAUGGCAUUAUGUAAAAAAUUAAAUGGCUAAUUUUUGCAAUCAACCGGUGCAACUUUGUCGU